AUGUUCAAGCGACUUGUCAUCCUCUUCUUCAACCUGCUCUUCCCGCCGCUGGCGGUGCUGCUUCUCUGCGGUUUUGGCGCCGACUUUGCCAUGAACUGCUUCCUGUUUGUCCUGGCCAUCAUUCCGUCACACAUCCACGGCAUGUACAUCAGCUUCGUGUACUUCCACCGCAAGAACAAGGUGCGCAAGGGCCGUUUACCGGGGAGGCGGCGCGGCCUCAUAUACAGCGAGAAGGUCCAAAAUGGUGGCGCGACGCAGGGGCAACUCAAUGAUAUAAAGGUCCUGGAGCAAGAUCGUGCGAGGCCCAUGGACGGCAAAAAGGUUCAGAGAAAUUGGAGGAAAACAGGGUAA